AUGGAUCGAAAUAAUGCAGCCAAUAGUCUAAUAGAUCUAGAAUUUGGAGCAAGUAUAGAUGCCUCUUUUGAUGUCUCUGCGAGAGCUUCAGUUUCGAUAGAUGUACAAGCAUCAGCAGAGCUUGAUGUUUCAGCCAAGGCAUCUGCCAAUGUUGACGUCUCAGCAUCCGCUGAAGUGUCUGCAUCUGCAUCAGCUAGUGUUGAAGUUUCUGCCUCUGCAUCAGCUAGCGUUGAGCUCUGCCUCACUGUUGAUGUUUCUGCAUCUGCAUCGGCUACUAGUGUUGACGUUUCUGCUUCUGCCUCAGCUAGUGUUGAUAUUUCUGCAAGUGCUGAAGUAUCUGCAUCAGCUAGUGUUGAUGUUUCUGCUUCUGCAUCAGCUAGCGUUGAUGUAUCUGCAUCAGCCAGUGUGGAUGUUUCUGCCUCUGCAUCAGCCAGUGUUGAUGUUUCUGCUUCUGCAUCAGCUAGCGUUGACGUUUCUGCUUCUGCCUCAGCUACCGUUGAUGUUUCUGCAUCUGCAUCAGCUAGUGUUGAACUUUCUGCAAGUGCUGAAGUAUCUGCAUCAGCUAGUGUUGACGUUUCUGCUUCUGCCGCAGUUAGUGUUGAUGUCUCUGCAUCUGCAUCAGCUAGUGUUGAUGUUUCUGCUUCUGCAUCAGCCACUAGUGCUGAUAUAUCUGCUUCGGCUAGCCUUGACAUCUCAGCCUCGGCUUCAGCUAGUGCUGACAUCUCCGCUUCGGCUAGCCUUGACAUCUCAGCCUCUGCUUCAGCGAGUGCUGAAAUCUCAGCAUCAGCUAGUGCGGACAUCACUGCGUCUGCUUCAGUCAGCGCCUCUGCGUCAGCUAGUGUUGACAUCUCAGCCUCGGCUUCAGCUAGUGCUGAUAUAUCUGCUUCGGCUAGCCUUGACAUCUCAGCCUCUGCGUCAGCUAGUGUUGACAUCUCAGCCUCGGCUUCAGCUAGUGCUGAUAUAUCUGCAUCGGCUAGCCUUGACAUCUCAGCCUCUGUUUCAGCUAGUGCUGACAUCUCAGCAUCAGCUAGUGCGGACAUCUCUGCGUCUGCUUCAGUCAGCGCCUCUGCGUCAGCUAGUGUUGACAUCUCAGCCUCAGCUUCAGCUAGUGCUGAUAUCUCUGCAUCGGCUAGCCUGGACAUCUCAGCCUCUGCUUCAGCGAGUGCUGACAUUUCAGCAUCAGCUAGUGCGGACAUCUCUGCGUCUGCUUCAAUCAGCGCCUCUGCGUCAGCUAGUGUUGACAUCUCAGCCUCAGCUUCAGCUAGUGCUGAUAUCUCUGCAUCGGCUAGCCUGGACAUCUCAGCCUCUGCUUCAGCGAGUGCUGACAUCUCAGCAUCAGCUAGUGCGGACAUCUCUGCAUCUGCUUCAGUCAGCGCCUCUGCGUCUGCUAGUGCUGACAUCUCAGCCUCAGCUUCAGCUAGUGCUGAUAUCUCUGCAUCAGCUAGUGUGGACAUAUCUGCAUCUGCUUCAGUCAGUGCCUCUGCGUCAUCCAGUGCUGACAUCUCAGCAUCGGCGUCAGCUAGCGCUGAUAUCUCUGCAUCGGCUAGCGUUGACAUCUCAGCCUCGGCUUCAGCUAGUGCUGACAUCUCCGCUUCGGCUAGCCUUGACAUCUCAGCCUCUGCUUCAGCGAGUGCUCACAUCUCAGCAUCAGCUAGUGCGGACAUCUCUGCAUCUGCUUCAGUCAGCGCCUCUGCGUCAGCUGGUGUUGACAUCUCAGCCUCAGCUUCAGCUAGUGCUGAUAUCUCUGCAUCGGCUAGCCUGGACAUCUCAGCCUCUGCUUCAGCGAGUGCUGACAUCUCAGCAUCAGCUAGUGCGGACAUCUCUGCAUCUGCUUCAGUCAGCGCCUCUGCGUCAGCUAGUGUUGACAUCUCAGCCUCAGCUUCAGCUAGUGCUGAUAUCUCUGCAUCGGCUAGCCUGGACAUCUCUGCAUCUGCUUCAGCGAGUGCUGACAUCUCAGCAUCAGCGAGUGCAGACAUCUCUGCAUCUGCUUCAGUCAGCGCCUCUGCGUCUGCUAGUGCUGACAUAUCAGCCUCAGCUUCAGCUAGUGCGGAUAUCUCUGCAUCAGCUAGUGUGGACAUCUCUGCAUCUGCUUCAGUUAGUGCCUCUGCGUCAGCCAGUGCUGACAUCUCAGCGUCGGCGUCAGCUAGCGCUGAUAUCUCUGCAUCGACUAGCGUUGACAUCUCAGCCUCGGCUUCAGCUAGUGCUGACAUCUCCGCUUCGGCUAGUCUUGACAUCUCAGCCUCUGCUUCAGCGAGUGCUGACUUCUCAGCAUCAGCGAGUGCAGACAUCUCUGCAUCUGCUUCAGUCAGCGCCUCUGCGUCUGCUAGUGCUGACAUCUCAGCUUCAGCUAGUGCAGACAUCUCAGGUUCAGCUAGUGCAGAUAUCUCUGCGUCUGCUUCAGUCAGUGCCUCUGCGUCAGCCAGUGCUGACAUCUCAGCAUCGGCUACUCUUGACAUCUCAGCCUCUCCUUCAGCGAGUGCUGACAUCUCAGCAUCAGCUAGUGCGGACAUCUCUGCAUCUGCUUCAGUCAGCGCCUCUGCGUCAGCUAGUGUUGACAUCUCAGCCUCAGCUUCAGCUAGUGCUGAUAUCUCUGCAUCGGCUAGCCUGGACAUCUCAGCCUCUGCUUCAGCGAGUGCUGACAUCUCAGCAUCAGCUAGUGCGGACAUCUCUGCAUCUGCUUCAGUCAGUGCCUCUGCGUCAGCUAGUGCUGACAUCUCAGCCUCGGCUUCAGCUAGUGCUGAUAUCUCUGCAUCGGCUAGCUUUGACUUCUCAGUCUCGGCGUCCGCUAGCGCGGACAUCUCUGCGUCUACUUCAGUUAGCGACUCCGUAUCAGCUAGUGCAGAUAUUUCUGCAUCGAUUUCAGCCAGUGCUGACAUCUCUGCGUCUGCUUCUCUUAGCGCCUCUGCCUCAGCUAGUGCAGACAUCUCUGCAUCGGCUAGCUUUGACAUAUCAGCCUCCGCCUCAGCUAGUGCUGAUAUAUCUGCAUCGGCUAGUGCUGACAUCUCAACUUCAGCUAGUGUUGAGAUCUCUGCAUCGCUCAGUGCUGACAUAUCUGCGUCUGCUUCAAUCAGCGCCUCCGCUUCAGCUAGUGCUGAUAUAUCUGCAUCGGCCAGUGCUGACAUCUCUGCUUCAGCUAGUACUGACAUAUCUGCGUCUGCCUCAAUUAGCGCCUCUGCUUCAGCUACUACUGAUAUCUCAGCAUCGGCCAGUGCUGACAUAUCUGCUUCGGCGAGUGCUGAUAUCUCUGCAUCAGCCAGUGCUGACAUCUCUGCGUCUGCUUCACUUAGCGCUUCCGCUUCUGCUAGUGCUGAUUUCUCUGCAUCGGCUAGCGCGGACAUCUCAGCCUCUGUAUCAGCCAGUACUGACCUCUCUGCUUCUGUUAGUUUCUCAGCCUCAGCUAGUGCAGACAUCUCUGCAUCGACCAGCGCUGAUGUCUCAGCCUCUGCGUCCACUAGUGCUGAUAUCUCUGCUUCCGUCAGUGCUGAUUUCUCAGCGUCUGCGUCAGCUAGCUUUGAUGUUUCUGCUUCGGCAAGCGCAGACAUCUCUGCAUCGGUUUCAACUAGUGCCUCUCUCUCUGGUAGUGCAGACAUGUCUGCGUCAACUAGCGCUGACAUCUCAGAGUCUGAAUCCGCUAGUACUGAUUUCUCGGUUAGCGCUGACAUCUCUGCUUCUGCUUCAGCAAGUGCUGAUAUAUCUGCUUCUACCAGUGCUGAUUUCUCAACGUCUGCAUCAGCUAGUGCUGAUUUCUCUGCUUCGGCUAGCGCUGACGUAUCAGUCUCAGAAUCCGCCAGCGCAGAUUUCUCUGCCUCAGCGAGUGCUGACUUUUCAGCGUCUGCUUCAACUAGUGCAGACAUCUCUGCUUCCGCCAGUGCUGAUUUCUCAGCGUCCGCUUCGGCUAGCGCUGACGUGUCAGCCUCAGAAUCCGCUAGCACAGAUUUCUCUGAAUCCGUGAGCGCUGAAUUCUCAGCCUCUGCUUCUGCUAGUGCAGAUUUCUCUGCUUCCGCCAGUGCUGAUUUCUCAGCGUCAGCCUCAGAAUCCACUAGUACUGAUUUCUCUGCAUCGGUUAGCGCUGACGUCUCUUCUUCAGGAAGUGCUUAUAUAUCUGCUUCUACCAGUACUGAUUUCUCAACGUCUGCGUCAGCUAGUGCUGAUUUCUCUGAAUCGGUUAGUGCUGACACCUCUACUUCCGCCAGCGGCGUUUUCUCAGCUUCUACGUCAGCUAGUAUUGAUGUUUCUUCUUCGACGAGCACUGACAUCUCAGCUUCUACUAGUGUCUCAUUGUCCGCUAGCACAGAUUUCUCUGAAUCGGUUAGCGAAGACGUGUCCACCUCUGUAUCAGCUAGUGCUGAUUUCUCCGAAUCGGCCAGCGCUGACAUCUCAGAGUCUGCAUCAUUAAGUUCUGAUAUCUCUGAGUCUAUUUCUGAAAGCUUUGAAGUAUCUGUAUCUGCAUCUGAAGGAAUUUCUGAAUCCUAUGAGUUUUCUGCCACUAUAUCUGCUGAAGCUGAAUUGCACGAUUUAUUCAAUUUUGACGGUGAUAGCGUGAGAGACGAAGAGGUUUUUGAAGAUGGAAUUAGUGAAGGGGAUUUUUUCGAGUCGGGUGAAUUCGAAUUAGGAGAUGAUGAAUUUGGCCUGCUUGAUACAGAUUUACUGGAAGUGGGAGGUUUUGAUAAUGAAGUAACAGCAGACGCAGAAUUCGGUCUGAAUGACAUUCAGUCGGCUCACACCUUUAAAAAUUCUCCCUUUUAUUUAGAUUAUUAAAUUAUACUGUACGAGUUUAGAACUGGCUUCUUGCCUUUUCUUUUAUGUGUGUAAUAUAUUGGACUGUACAGUUUCCUCGACUAGGAAAAUGCAAGACUUAAAAUAAAAGAACUUUUGAAGAAAAAUCUGUUACAAAAUAAUAUGUGUUUUACAUCCUGCACCAAGAAAAGAGAAAAAAAAAUGUAAAUGUAUUUUGAAAAUUUUAUUAUGAACAAAUUAGCACUGGAAUGUAUAGAUUAAAAACAUUUAUGUAAUAAAUUAUACCUGACAGCUCUUCUGCAUAAACGUUUUGUAUAAAUAAACUGUUUUAAUAUGUGUCAUGUAA